UCGUUGCGGUGGCGCUGCCGCCUCGCAGUGUCUGGGCUGUUCGGGCGUAGGUUCGAAUCCAUCUGAGAUUCUGUGUAGUUUGCAGGCUCUCCCAGUGUCCGAUUUGCUCUCCGCCCCUCUCUCGUUUCCUCCCAAAGACAUACACUUGGGGUGGAUUGACAGAGUGAGUGUAUGCGUGUGCUCACUCCCUCAGCCUCCCCGUCCAGUCAUUCCGGGAUGGGCUCCGGACAGCCGCGACCCUGACAAGGACAAGCGGUUAGUGAAAAUUAAUGAAUGCAUAUAGACCGUCCGUGGCGUGAAAGCUCCGCAUGGCGAACCUCCGAAAAUAUGCAGCGACUGAAGCGAGAAACAGCGCACGGCAACAGUGCCACGCGCGUCCAGCGCGAGCUCAGCAGCGCCCGGCAUUCCGUUUCCUCCCACUCGCGAGAUUUUUGCUGCAUGAGGGAGACGCUAAACGCUCCGAAGACGCGGGCUGUGGACGUAUCGCGGCGGCGGCCCGAAAAUAAGACAAGGACUGGAGCAAAUAAAGCUUUAUCCUCUUCAGAAAUAUGUCAGAACAAUUUGCACGUCUCAAACAAAUCCGAAAAUUGUCAUCGACACGCCGCUAUACAGAAAUAAAUGUGUGCGACGCAGAAGCGUAACGCUGACAGCGCUGAUGUCAGUGUGUGACAGGGGAUGUGUGUGGGAUUGGUCGGAAGAGCUUCCUGGUGGUGUCCGUCGUGCGUUUAAAGCGGGAGAGCGGCGAGGGGGGGCGCAUAUAUAGAUACUACUUCUUACAUUGCUUCCUGCAGGAAUGUAUGCAGCCGGCUGAACCUUCACUGAGGAGACACUCUUAUAAAAAUAUCCCGUGUUGUCCUGCAGUCCAGGUUUACUGCCACAGCUACGUGUUCAAACAUCCAAAACACUGUUUAAAACAGUAGGCAGGGGAAAGCUGUGCGCUUUUUAAAAAAAAAAAAAAAAAUUAAAAAAAGUGCUCAUUCCUCAGCCUGUUGUUUGGCGGAAAGGGUUGAAUUGGGGGGGGGAAAAAAACGACGCCGGGCGGCGGACCGGGAACACGCCUGCUGCGCCGGGACUCGGGAGCGGACACCUCCGGGAUUAAAUCUGAACUCGGCUAUGAGUUCACUGUAGCGGCCGGAGCGACAGAGAGUCGGCUGCGGGAGGAGUGGGACGCGUUGCCGCGCUUCACUGAGGGCUCUCUUCGGGAAAUCGGCCUUCACGUUCCAUGGCAGUGAUGAAGGCGCUUGGCAGCGAGGGAGUGCGGGUCAUGAUGGAGAGCGCCCUGACAGCCCGGGACAGGGUGGGGGUGCAGGACUUUGUCCUGCUGGAGAACCACACCAGCGAGGCGGCUUUCAUUGAGAACUUGCGCAAGAGGUUCAAGGAGAAUCUCAUCUACACGUACAUCGGCUCGGUUCUGGUGUCGGUGAACCCCUACAAGGAGCUGGAGAUCUACACCAAACAGCACAUGGAGCGAUACAGAGGCGUCAACUUCUACGAGGUUUCCCCUCACAUUUACGCCGUCUCUGACAAUGCGUACCGCUCCAUGCGGACGGAGCGACGGGACCAGUGCAUCCUGAUCUCCGGCGAGAGUGGGGCCGGUAAGACGGAGGCAUCCAAGAAGAUCCUGCAGUACUACGCAGUGACGUGUCCCGCCAGCGAGCAGGUGCAGACAGUGAAGGACCGCCUGCUGCAGUCCAACCCUGUCCUGGAGGCUUUCGGGAAUGCCAAAACCCUGCGGAAUGACAACUCCAGUCGAUUUGGAAAGUAUAUGGACAUCCAGUUCGACUUCAGGGGGGCACCGGUGGGUGGACACAUCCUCAACUAUUUACUGGAAAAGUCCAGGGUGGUGCACCAAAACCACGGCGAGCGCAACUUCCACAUCUUCUACCAACUGAUUGAAGGUGGAGAGGAAGACUUAUUGAGGAGGCUGGGACUGGAGAGGAAUACGCAGCAGUACCAAUAUCUGGUGAAGGGCAACUGUCCGAAAGUGAGUUCCAUCAACGACCGCAACGACUGGAAGGCGGUGAGGAAGGCUCUGUCGGUCAUCGGUUUCAACGAUGAUGAAGUGGAGGAGCUGCUGAACAUCAUUGCCAGCGUCCUCCACCUGGGAAAUGUUCAGUUUGGAGCAGAAGAGAGUGGCAACGCCUAUAUCACUACAGACACACAGAUCAAGUACCUGGCCAGGUUGCUAGGUGUCGAGGGGUCCAUCCUCAAGGAGGCUCUCACCCAUAAGAAGAUCAUCGCCAAGGGAGAGGAGCUGAUGAGCCCGCUAAACUCUGAGCAGGCGGCAUCGGCACGAGAUGCCCUGUCCAAAGCUGUUUACGGCCGCACGUUCACCUGGCUGGUAAACAAGAUAAACCUGUCCCUGGCUUACAAGGAUGAUUUAUACCCCCUCAGUAAGAACGCAUCUGUGAUUGGUCUGCUGGACAUCUAUGGCUUUGAGGUCUUCCAGCAGAACAGCUUUGAGCAGUUCUGCAUCAACUACUGCAACGAGAAGCUGCAGCAGCUCUUCAUUGAGCUCACACUCAAGUCGGAGCAGGAGGAGUACGAGUCUGAGGGCAUCACGUGGGAGCCAGUGCAAUUCUUCAACAACAAGAUUAUCUGCGAUUUGGUGGAGGAAAAGUUUAAAGGCAUUAUCUCCAUUCUGGAUGAAGAGUGCCUGAGACCAGGGGAUGCAAGUGACUUAACCUUCUUAGAGAAGCUGGAGAACACAGUGGGUGGUCACGCUCACUUUGUAACUCACAAGCUGGCCGAUGGGAAGACAAGGAAGGUGAUGGGGAGAGAGGAGUUCAGGCUGUUGCACUAUGCUGGUGAAGUCAACUACAAUGUUAACGGUUUCCUCGACAAGAACAAUGACUUGCUCUUCAGGAACCUGAAGGAGAUCAUGUGUCAGUCAGAAAACAAGAUCCUGACACAGUGCUUCGACAGGGAGGAGCUGACCGAUAAAAAGCGCCCUGAGACGACAGCAACUCAGUUUAAAAACAGCCUGGCUAAACUGAUGGAAAUUCUGAUGUCCAAGGAGCCGUCUUACAUCCGUUGCAUUAAACCCAAUGAUGCCAAACAAGCAGGACGCUUUGAUGAGGUUCUGAUUCGACACCAGGUGAAAUACUUGGGUCUGAUGGAGAACCUGCGGGUGAGGCGAGCUGGGUUUGCCUACAGGCGACGCUACGAAGUUUUCCUGCAGAGAUAUAAGUCCCUGUGCCCAGACACGUGGCCGAACUGGAAGGGCCGCCUGGCCGAUGGCGUGUCCACACUGGUCAAGCAUCUGGGUUACAAACCUGAAGAGUAUAAGCUAGGCAGGUCCAAGAUCUUUAUCCGCUUCCCAAAGACACUGUUUGCAACAGAGGAUGCCCUGGAAGUGAGGAAGCACAGCUUGGCAACCAAACUGCAGGCUUGCUGGAGGGGUUAUAGCCAGAAGUCCAAAUACCUGAAGAUGAGGCACUCUGCAAUCCUGAUCCAGGCCUGGUGGAGAGGCAUCUUAGCUCUCCGGGAAGCUAAGCGUCGAAGAACAGCUGCCGACACCAUUCGCAGAUUCAUCAAGGGCUUCAUCUACCGCAAACAGCCGCGCUGCCCAGAGAAUGAGUAUUUCCUGGACUAUGUUCGCUACUCCUUCCUCAUGAACCUGUGGAGAAACCUACCCAAAACGGUCCUGGACAAAAGCUGGCCUACACCUCCACCGGCACUCACUGAGGCAUCGGAGCAGCUCCGGAACCUGUGCAUGCAGAACAUGGUGUGGACCUAUUGCAAGCGGAUCAGCCCCGAGAGGAAGCAUCAGUUGGAGCAGAAGUUGGUGGCAAGUGAAAUUUUUAAGGAUAAGAAGGACAACUAUCCCCAGAGUGUCCCCAAGCUGUUUGCCAGCACAAGGCUGAAUGGAGAAGAGAUCAGCCCCAAGGUGCUCCAAGCUUUGGGCAAUGAGAAGAUGAAGUAUGCUGUUUCUGUGACUAAGUACGAUAGGAAGGGAUACCGUGCACGGCCUCGGCAGCUUCUUCUCACUGCCAGCUGUGCUGUCAUUGUUGAGGACAGCAAACUGAAGCAGCGCAUUGAUUACAGUGCGCUCAAAGGUAUCUCAGUUAGUUCCCUCAGUGAUGGUUUGUUUGUCCUUCAUGUGCCAUGCGAGGACAACAAACAGAAGGGUGAUGUGGUGCUGCAGAGUGACCAUGUGAUUGAGACCCUAACCAAGGUGGCAAUCUGUGCAGACAAGAUUAACAAUGUCAACAUCAGUCAAGGGAGCAUAAAGUUCACUGUUGGUCGCGGGAAGGAGGGUGUCAUAGACUUCACCCCUGGCUCGGAGCUGCUUGUCACCAAGGCCAAGAACGGACACCUGUCUGUGACUGCCCCUCGGCUCAACUCAAGAUGAUGACAGACCAACUGUUGCCUACCUGUCAGCAAGUGGAGAUGCUUUCAAAUACCCUCUUUUUCACCAGUCAGCUGACAGCAGACUCCUUUACUUCAAGCAAUCAGAUUCCAGUUUCAUACGCCACAAAAGGGCUAUGCUCCCAAAUAAGAGAAUAUAGUUAAGUAAACAUUAUUUAUGUUUAUAUAGAAAUAUUGAUGUUAUUGGUAUUCUGUAAUUACUUAAAUUUGAAACAAACACAGGUGACAUGUCUACAGCCUCCUCUCUCUCACCUUUUCUACUGUCUUUGAGUAGAAAUGGGAUAUGGGGCAAAAAACGAGACAGUGACUUGAGCUUGUGCUUGCAAUCAGGGUUCUUGUUGUGAAAUGCAAUGUGCUAUGAGUUAUGCAAGUUGAUCCCUCUGUGGCUUUCUCUCUGUCCACUGCCAUCACUGCCUCAUACUGCUUGCCUUUAUUGUCUGCCCUUUUUAUUUUUGUUCCCACUUUGCUGGAAUAAUAUUGCUAGCCAGAAACAUCGUAUGGUCAUUGCUGGCUAUGUUGCUUUUCCUGACAUUCUGACUUAAAACAAUGAGGUGAAGUGAAUGGUGUCAGUACGUUGAAUUUUCAUUUCCACUUGAUACAAGACCAAUAAAUAUAAUGGAAGCCAUGCAAAAAUCAAACCUUUUUUUUAUCUCUGAUAUGAGUGGGAGAACUGUCACAGAAUUUAGCAAAUGAAGUUGCU